AUGAAACGUGGAAUGGAGGAGAGAUAUGAAGACCCGGCACAUCCAUUGCUUAAAAAGAAAAUUGAACCUGUGGAAGCUUAUCAAAAUAGAAAAGAGAGUCAAACUCUAGAGGAACUUGCUCUGUUAGAAGGUGAUGAUCAUGCUAUCGGCCUGGAAGGACUUAUAAUCAGAGAGAGAAUCCUUGGGCCUGACAAUCCAGCAGUUCUUUACAACAUCAGAUACCGGGGAGCUGUUUUAGCUGACUCUGGGCAGUACGAGCUUUGCUUUGGUUUGUGGCAAAGAGCGAUGGAGAAAUCCAUGAACAACGAUGAUUCAAUAAUAGGAGAUCUUGAAUCCUACUUAUCUGUAUUUGGAGAAAUGCUACAAAACAGAAUACUCUUAAGACCAAACUUCAUUGAAGACGCAUUCGAACUUCUAGUUGCUGCAAGUGAGAAACGGAGAGAAAAAUUACAAGAGGGACAUGAAAGCGAGGAACAAGAAAAAACGCUUUAUUAUGCUCUCUAUCUUUUGAUGAUAUACACCAAAGUUAAAGUUCAAAAUGCCAACAUGACUGACUUUCUUCAAAGAUUCCUACGUUUAAACCUUAGUUGCAGUGAUGGAAAUACUCUACUGCACUUAGCUGCGUGGCACGAAACUCCAAUUAAAGAAGGCAAUGUGCGAAGUGUGUGCAAGCUUCCCUGUGUUGAGACCAUGAAGUUAAUUUUACAUGCAGGGGGGGAUGUAAAUGCCGUUAACACCGAGGGAAACACACCUCUCCAUCUAGCUGUGAAGUUUAAACCUGCUGAGCCUAAAGAUGUCGAGAUUUUGAGAGAAAUGCUGCUGUUGUUCUUAGAUAUCGGUGCAGAUCCAAAGCUAGAAAACAAAAAUGGUCAAACACCACUGGACAGCUGUGAAACUGACGCGGCUCGUAUGAUCCUGUCCGAGAAAAGAGGACUCAGUGCCAUGAACGUCGUCGUCGGAGAUGUAAGUAACAUUAACAUAUUACUAUUUCGUAAAAUCAUUCAGUUCUUUGUCACGAAAUGAGAGAGUACUUACUUCCGUGUCCGUAUGUUGUGUUUAUGAUAAUACGUCACGCUUGUCUGCCCGUCCCUAUCUGAACGCCUGGAACCGGCUGAAUUUCCAAAGCCGUCUCUGUUUGAAUGAAACGAUCCAUUUAAUUAUUGAUAGUGGCAUGUACAGAAGGCUCAUAGAUUAUGCUAUAUGAUAUAUGUUGCGGAAUUCUUUUAACCCCGCUCCGCUGGUUCAAACAAAUCAAGAGGACUGUAUCUUUCGAUGUAACAACACGAUUUAAUGCAAUCCAACAAUCUACUGCGAUGUACAAUUCUCACAUAUUCAACGUUCGUAACACAACGAUCUAGGUAACUAAACGAUCAACGAUCAACGAAUCGAUCAACUCAACUAAAACAUUCUAAGUAUACAGUGGUUUUUCUACUAUCCUUGCGUAAGGCAGUAUUUUUACAUUAAUCAUAUGCACAGUAAAAGUUCCCAUUGUAAUGUAUCUAAAUUAAGAGUCUAUUACAAAAUCGCACGUUCUUUCACCUUAUUUAGCCUAAGAAAAUGCAUGCAGUUACAUCAUUUUAUAUCGUAGAUAUACUCGGACUUUGUAUACAUUAUUGUGAAAUCUAAUGUCACGAAAUCUAACUUUUGCGCUACAAAUGUCAAUUGCUAAUUAAUAUUUAAUCACAAAAUAAUCAAGUUAAGCAUCACCUAUUUCUUUCCCCGACAAUAUAACAAGCGGGGGCACGUGUAGUUUUAAAGCGGCCCAAUUGUUUCUCCGGUCAAUUUACUGACUAAGAACUGUUAUGAACUGUUCGAUUGACAUUUGCGAAAAAGAAUUCACACUGAAUUCAACGUUUUCCAAAUAAGAAGUUCAAAGAACAAAUUAAACUGAAAAACGUCAGGCUAUCACUAACACAUUUUUGUAAAUAUCUUUCGCCUGCGGCAGGAAAGGGAGUUUUCCCGAUUUCCUGUUUCAUUUUUCCCCUCACAACGUCUCUGCCAUUUUUUCCCCCCCUUCCACUAAACAGAGAGCCUGGUUACCAGGCUACACAAGUAAAGUUUUCGUGACGGAUUUAUGACAGAUCAAGGUUUAGAGGCUGCUAAUAAAAAAAACAGGUUAAAUAGUUUAGGAUAUAGUAAGUUUAUUGUACUAAAUCACUUUGGUAUCAUCUGAGGAGGCAUGUCUUUCCGUAUUCUCAAAGGCUGGAAAAAUCGGAGGUGGAAAUGAAAAGAGGAAAAAAGGAGGAGGAUUAGUUCCUGGAAGUGAAAAAGACCUUAAUGAAAACACUCAAAAGGAGACUAAAACAAGGGAAAUAUCAGGUAUAUAAGAGAAUCUAAUCAAGGGAAUAAUUGGUUAAAACAAAUAAUUGUACCCAGGAUCAUUGAGCUCCACUGAUGAGCCGUUAGGCGCCAUUUUAGGUGAGGUGAAAGGAGAGAGUGUGUUUUAAACAGAGAGACUGGGGCCAAUGGCCCCAGACAAUAUUUGGACUGUUCUCAUAGUGAUGGACAUAAUACAUGUAUGAUGAACAAAAAGUAAAUAAAUGUAGUUUUUUUGUAAAUAACAACAACAUGAUAUUAAUUUGAGGAGGACUCGGAAAAAAAUCCGAGUCCCAGGUGGGAUUUGAACCCACGACCCUCCGUGAUCUAGUCGGAUGCUCUAACCACUUGAGCUACUGGAGACUCUAUGGUGAGCAAGGGCCAAUUUGUGGGUCUCGACUGGAACCGCAUCACGCGCCUACACAGCCAAGCAAAAUAAAAUAAAAAUAAAAGCAAAAUAAGGCCAGCUCAUGAGUGUAACCAAGAGAACAGCAGGAGGAGAGACUGAAUAUCCUAUAGGGUAGUAAAAAAUAUUUCAAGCAACAUACCAGGUACAUUAUCAUGUUGAGAUCAAAUACCUUGGGUCUGAAAUUAAAAUAAGUAAAUUUAAAUUGAGAGGAAUCCCCCUUUAGAAUGAGGCAACCAUAGAAGAUUCAGUCUCUAAAAGUUUGAACCUCUCUAGAUGUUACACUAAGGUCACUGAGCGUGCGACCGAAGAAAAUUGUCUCUUUAUUAUGCUGAGAGACAAAAAGCAGAAAAUGGCAUCCUUUUAUGUUUAUUUCUUUAAGGACAAUUGAUGGAGUUGAGACAGCAGUUGGAAAGUGUCCAAGAGCAACUAAGACAGAGAGACGGACAACUGAGGCAGAUGACACAACAACUGACAAAUGUUCAAGGGCAACUACAGGGGAGUGAGGGACAAUUGAGGCAGAUGACACAACAGUUUACAAAUGUUCAAGGGCAACUAAGAGAGAGAGAUGAACAGCUGAGAGAGAGGACAUUGCAGUUGACAAAUGUUGAAAGACAACUACCGGAGAAAGAUGGACAAUUGAGAGAAAUGACACAACAGCUGUCAAAUAUUCAAGGACAACUUAGAGAGAGAGAAGGACAACUGAGAGAGUUGACGCAACAGUUGACAAAUUUGCAAGGGCAACUUCAAGAAAAAGUUGAAGAAAAUACCUCCUUAGAGGAAAGACUAAGGGCAAAAGAACAAGAAGUGAAUGAACUGGAAGUAUCUCUUUCAACAGCUCAACAAGCGUUAAGUGAACGUCCACGCCAACAGUCACCUGACUGGGUCAUUUCACGUGAUCAAAUUCAGCUGACAGAGAAAUGCAUUGGUAAAGGAGGCUGGGGAAGUGUUGUCGAAGGCAAGUAUUGUGGCUGCACUGUUGCCGUGAAACAGAUUUACGAGGUGCUUCUGAACCUUUCCUCUCAUAACAGAGAAAUGUUUGAGCGGGAAAUGAGCAUUGCUUCAAAAUGCCGCCAUCCUUGUUUGUUGCAAUUCAUCGGAGCAACAAACGAUGAAGGAAGUCCUUUGUUCGUGACAGAGCUCAUGGAAACGAGUUUGCGAAAAUUGCUGGAGCAGCGAUCUCUCUCUAUAGCUGAAGUGGCCGUUAUUUCUCUGGAUGUGGCUCGUGCAUUAAAUUACCUGCACCAAAAGAAACCACGCCCCAUCAUCCAUCGCGAUAUCAGCAGUGCCAAUGUGUUGCUAUGGCGACAAGCGGACCAAUGGCGAGGCAAAGUGUCGGAUUAUGGUGCUGCUAAUUUCAUGCAGCAUACCUUGUCAGUUUGUCCAGGUGCUGCAGUAUACAGUGCUCCUGAAGCACUUACUAAAAAACAGACUGUGAAGGUAUGUCGUCUGCUAAAUUUAUUCUCCAAACAGAGAGCAUGUUCACAGGCUAAUUUAGAACAUUUAGAAGGGCUAAAAAAUGCAUUUUAUGGCUGUGAAACAGUAGAGAAAACGUUGUGGUUUUGUGAUUUGGGGAUACUUAUUUCUGUCAAAAAGGUAUAUAAAAGAAAAAGAGGUUGGACCUCUGUGGGAUUAUCCCUUAAUUUUCUUCUUUAGUAACCACGCCCGACUGAUAUAUCGUCCUCUGAUGUAUUGUGUGAUAAGUCAGUGACCUUUGGCCUUGAUCGUCUAAUCAUCUAGAAUCAUUAAAUAAUACGUCCUUGAACGUUGUCAUUGGCCUCCACUCUUCGUCUCGCCUGCGAUAAUCGCACUACCUCUGGGGGGAGUCGCCGGUAAAAAACUUUGCUGAGUAACCCCCACCACCCCCACCCACCUCUUGGUAGACAGUCUAGACCAAAAGACCGAAUAUGUGAGUAUUUGGGUAAACAGUGAAAGAUUUUAGUGGUCAAGUUCCGUCGUCGAGUGCUGGGUGGAAUAAAGAAUGGUAUAUAAAACAUUUAUUUGUGGUUUUACAAUAACCAGAGUCCUCUUUAGGAAUAAGACCUAUGCCCUAGGAUUAUAGUAACUUGAAAGUGUUUUGUGCGUACAAAGGAGUCAAAUGAUACAUAAGGUGAUAAGUAUUGACAUGGAACUGAAAUGUACAAAUAUUUUUUAUUGUUAUCGUCUAUUUUUCGUCUUCAGGUUGAUGUGUACAGUUUUGGUGUUCUCAUCUGCGAGAUUUGCAUCGGGAAACUACCAAAUCCUGACAGGCGUGCUGAGCAAGUCGCCAUGGUGAAAAACAAAGUGCUAAGAGCUCUCAUUCGUAGAUGUUUACAAGACAAUCCUCAAGACAGGCCUAGUAUGGAAGACGUCAUUGGUGAACUAGAAAAACUAGUCUAA